AUGUCCCUUAAAAACAUGAUUUUGCAGAAGAGAAAGUUGGUAUUAUACGUAUGGCUGUUUCCUGUGUUUCUCCGACCUGAAGGUCGACGCGAUUUUCCCAAGGGAAAGCACCCCUUCAUCAUCAGCCUUAACCGCGCCAGCGGGGGAGGCCAAAUUCGCCUGCUUAACGGCUCUCUCCAGGACACAAGUCUGGCCGCUACGAAGACUACGAGUCUCAGCGGAACAGGUGGCGCUCCCAUGGACUUGUCUACAUUUGAACCCAUUUGGAAUCAGGAGCUCAACUCCCUGUAUGGAAAUGUCUUACCGGAAAACGGCGAGCUCUACCAGGACAUGCACAUUCCCGCCUCUCGGAUCCGCUUUUUGCACUACAUUGGGUGUGGCGCAUUUGGAAAGGUUUGGGAGGGUUGUCUGCAAACGACCGACGCCGAUGGAAAUAUCCAGUACCAGAAGGUUGCCUUGAAGGUGAGAUUCCUAACCAACACGCUCUUAUACGAAUUUAAAUGCCUGGUUUGGUGCAUAAGAUGUGUCAUCCAGGUAAAGCGUUUUGAACAACCUGAGGAAACUAGAAUUACCGUUUCCUGUUUGAUUACUAAUAUCUGUCGAGUAGCCCUCGGCACUUUUACCUCUGACUAUCAGAUCGGCGUAAGAAAGGUCUGUCAGUAUCACCUUAGUAUCACAUAA